AUGGCCGAUCUUCAGGGCCAGUUGGUCUCGGCACAGCUUCCUGCAGGAACAUGCGGAGGCAAUACCUUUCUUCCAUACUCCGUCUUGGAAAAAAAGGUGACUACGCAGUUGGUCACAGACACCCUAUCCUAUCACACGAGGAAGUCGCCAGAGACUAUAUCAAAGAUCGCCUCCUUCGUUUGUGGAAAGCCUGGGGCAAGGAGAGUUUUCGCGGUUCUUGCCUGCCUUGGUCGCCCGGAACGGAUUGACUUGUUCUACGAGCACAAUUUUGUCGACCCUAUUCUACCUCUCUUCGUCGAUGAAAGCAAGCAAGUGAGAACCCGAUCCACUGAAACUGGACAUUCUGAGAUCACCAAAAGGGUUUUUGCCGACAAGUUUUGGGCAUUAGUUAUUUCACCGUAUCUCUUUUGUGACAACCAAUGGCAAUUUCUUGGACCGGUCUUCAACGAACAUCAAUUCAGAUACUCCUUUCGAAAGGAACACCGAAUGCCGUUCUUAGAGCAAGCUGGUGGACACAAAGAAAGUCAUUUCAGCACGGUGGGAAAGUGGUCUAUCCAUCAGUCUCAUUUCAAGAAGAGCUCGAAACUUCGCCUAUCAGUCGAUACACAUGGACAUCCGGUUGUAGCAGUGAAAGAGCUGAAACUUGUCAACAUGAAUCCUGACCAGUACGAGCGCGCAGCCGAGGCCGAGGCAGAAGUUCUACAAAUGAUCCGCGAAAUGAAGCAUCCGCACCUCAUCAAAGCAAUCGCUUACUACAAAAGGGGUGAUCGUUACUUUAUAAUUUUCCCUUGGGCCGAAGGUGGCAACCUCCGAGACUACUGGGGAAAAGAGCCUCCGCGUAAGCUAGAUGCAGAUUUUGUUGGCUGGGUUUUCGGCCAGCUCUGCGGCCUAGCUAGUGCGAUGAACAAGCUUCAUUCGACAAAGGACUCGGCAUGUCGGCACGGUGACCUGAAGCCAGAGAAUAUCCUUUGCUUUGAGAACACCAGGACCUCUGACCCGUUUUCUCAGCCGUUUCUCGUCAUUGCGGAUGUUGGUCUGGCUAAAGUCCACAUCUUAGCGACGGAGAUGCGUAACGAAGCUACGCGCACCAUGAGCGGAACGGUUAUGUACGAGCCACCUGAAGCUGUACUGCUGUUCACUAAGAAACAACCGCGAUCCCGACGUUAUGACGUUUGGUCCAUCGGCUGUAUCUAUUUCGAGUUCCUGAUUUGGCUUCUAUAUGGAAAGGCCGAACUAGUUCGCUUUGGUGACGACAUAGCGCAUCCCGUGAACAGAACACGGCAAUUCUUUGAUGUACAUGGAUCUGGAGUGGCCGGAGCGGCCAGUAUCAAACCCGGCGUUCAGAAGUGGAUAGAUUGGAUCAGAAGAGACCCAAGAUGCCCACCGAACACUGCAAUCCGAAAGUUACUGGAGCUUAUUUGCACGCGAUUGCUAGUCAUAGAGGUAAGCAAGUCGAGAAAAGAGUCAUCUGGAAGCGUCAGUGCCCAAGGCAGCACCACUCUACAUGCGACAGAUGACCCAGAUAACCCGAGUAUUGUUCGAUCGGACACCAACAGCAGCUUCAACGGCGAUCCCGCCGACGACCUUCGUUUUCGGGCGACUUCUAUUGAAAUGUACGAAACGCUGGCUGGCAUCGUUAAAGAUGCUUCAGGAAACCCGCCCAGAAUUGCUUGGAUGAAUUGGCAGGCGAGCUCUCCAGGAGGACCGGGACAAUACGGAGAUACGUUGGGUGUUUCUCAAUUAGGUAUAAGGGGUCGACGCGGCCUUGAUAAUGAGUGGGAGUGUAGCCCGGAUGUCAACACAGCACGAGCGCUGUCUAAGGAGAUCGACAUUUCUCAUCAGCUUCCACUGAAAAAUGCGACCAACACUCUUUGUUCUCGAUGCAAAGACCUCCAACAGCGGCUCAGGUCACAAAGAUUCUCUUUUUCUGAUGAUCUCGAAGCACUGGCAAGCAGAGCAGAGGCCUGUGAUCUCUGUCGCCUCCUUCGCUUUUCACUUGGAUCCAUGACAGCCAAAACAUACGGGGAGAUUCAGUUUGAAAAGCUCAACAGCUAUUUGACAUCAAGCGUGAAACCCGGACGGCCAGUUGCAGUCCUAUACAGCUUGCCAGGAAAAGCCUUUCUUGGUUCACAGAUGGGAAUACCAGUGCUUCCGGCUGCCGGUAGUCAGGCGCAUAUCGCAGCGCUUUCGACGUGGAUACGGGUCUGCGACAAUACGCAUGACUGUAGCCCAGCAUUCGACACCACCUUUCUCCCAACACGAGUUAUCGACGUCCGAUCCGAGGGCUUUAAAUCAUGCCGCUUGCUUUGUACAGACCGUGGGCAAACAAACUCGGGCAAAUAUCUCGCCCUAUCGCAUCGAUGGGGGGCCCCGGAUCAACAUAGGAAAUUCUGCACUUUGAAGGACAAUCUUGAAAGCUUCAAAGACGAAAUCAAGCUGACGGAGCUGCCCCAAACAUUUCAAGAUGCUAUCAACGUCACACGAAGACUCGGUAUCGGGUACCUCUGGAUUGAUUCGCUCUGUAUCGUUCAAGAUGACCCUGAAGACUGGAAGACGGAGUCUCUUUUAAUGGAACAGGUGUACAGCUCAGCUUACGCAACUCUAGCAGCUAGCUGCGCAAGCGGGACCGAGGAUGGCUUUUUGAAACCUCGACCAUGGCGACACUGUGUUACGUUAGCAUCCGAAAGGGGUUCCUACUACGUCUGCGACUCUAUCGAUGACUUUGGGCGUGAUGUAGAACAAGGGGAGUUGAACAAGCGGGCGUGGAUUCUUCAAGAACGAGCUCUAUCCCGUCGCACAAUCUAUUUCUCGGAAAAGCAGACAUACUGGGAAUGUGGAAGAGGCGUAAGCCGCAAGGCCUCGUUCCUGGGAGAUUCGGACUUUCCACACUCCAUUGACACCUACGUUCGCGGGAUGAAGAUUGAGCUUUACCAAGACCUUUAUCAGAAAUACUCGGGGUUAGCACUUAGCUCCAUUGGUGACAGGCCAGUUGCCAUCCGUGGGCUUGAAGCACGUCUUAUCCGCACUUUCAGAACUGUCGGUUCUCAUGGAGUUUUCGAUUCUUUCUUUCAUCGAUGUCUGCUGUGGAAAAAGGCAUGCCUGUCUCUGAGUCGGAUCGAUUCAGAACUGCUUCGAGGGAUUCAUGUCCCAUCAUGGUCGUGGAUGGCUUAUGACGGCGAGAUCAAAUACUUGAAUGUUCCCUUCAACAAGUAUUCUUGGGAAGCGGACAUCAUCUCGCCGUUUAGUACUUGGUCAUCUCAGAGUAUGGAAGAAAGAAGCGAGAAAGAAGCGGUAUGUGAGAUCAGGGCGCCUCUGUGGGACUUUCGGGGCUCUGAUAGCCUUUGUCUGGAGCUCGACAAUCCAGACAGAAGGCUCUCGAACCUUAAGUGUGUCAUUGUGGCGAGGAAGAAAGAUUCACAGGGCGACCCUCAACAGUCACACUACAUAAUAAUUGUGCACUCCAUCGCCAUUGACGGACCCUGCAAGGUUUAUGAGAGAGUUGGCGUUGCGGAGGUCAGAGGAGAGCAGAUUGCAUUCAACAAGGGAAGUCAGAGCGGUAUUCUUAGGUGA